AUGAAGUUGGGAAACAAUUUCGCGGAGAAGGGCACCAAGCAGCCGCUGCUGGAGGAUGGCUUUGACACCAUCCCCCUGAUGACGCCCCUUGAUGUCAAUCAGCUGCAGUUCCCAACCCCAGAUAAGGUGGUCGUGAAAACUAAGACUGAAAAUGAACCUGACCGACAGAAAGGCAAAGCACGUUCUCCCAAGAUAGCCGAGUUCACUGUCAGCAUCACUGAGGGUGUCACCAAGAGGUUCAAGGUGUCUGUGCUGGUCUUCUUUGCCCUGGUCUUCCUCACCUGUGUCAUCUUCCUGGUCGUCUACAAGGCGUACAACCAUGACCGUGCCUGUCCCGAUGGCUUCACCCUCAAGAACACGCAGUGCAUCCCAGGAGGCUUGGAGAGCUACUAUGCGGAGCAAGACUCCGACGCCCGGGAGAAAUUUUACACCGUCACCAACCACUACAACCUGGCCAAGCAGAGCAUCACCCACUCAGUGUUGCUGUGGAUGUCAGCUCUGUCGGAAGAGAAGCUCUCAGAGCAGGAGACUGAGGCUGCUGAGAAAUCUGCUUAGCGAGAUGGGCAGGUUCCUUACAGUGUCACUGGAAGAUCAAAAAUAAAUGACAAAUAGUGCAAGAUAUGUUGCAAACAAGCAUGGUGGUCAUGGCCAACUCCAUUACUGUUUCCUGAAAUGUGCUUCCAAAACAUACAGUAUUUUAUUAUCAAGGGUGUUUAGAAACAACGACCAUGACCUCGGAGCAGUGGGUGGGCGUAGAGUCAUGGACGUUGUGAAGCUGUGGUGACGCAUAAGAGCAAUAACUACAUGCUAAAACUUCUUCUGUGUAGAGAUAUCAUCUAUCAGCAAAUUCCAGCCCAUGUCAAUGCAAUGCCAGGCAACCCUAUUUGUAUUUUCUAGUAGACAUGUAUUUUAUUGACUGUAAGUUCAUUCACAUGUAACUUCUGACAUUUUCACUCUGUGCAAAUAAAGAA